GUUGAUGCAAAGUCGGCAAGUUGGUGCACCCGAAUCAGCAUUGUGAUCGUCGAGUCAUUGUGCAAUUCGACCUCUACCCCUCUCACUCUGCACCUCCAAUGCUCCUCCUCCAGCGAAGCUUCGCCCGCGCGUCGACUCUAGUCCCCCACUGCCGUCACGUCGUCAACGCCGCCCAUGUUGACGUCAUUCGCGGCACCGAGCCCAAGACGCCUGGCCCGUUCACCGUCAAGCAAGUAACGCCCGAGUGGAACACGGCAAUUGCUGCGCGAGACAUUGAGCCGAACGAAGUGAUUGGCACAGCCCGCGGAACCAUGUACGAUGCACCCACGAGGUUCACCAUUCAAAUGACCCACGACAAGCACGUCGAGAUCUUUGGCGGGUUGGAGUACGCCAACCACUCGUGCAACCCGAACGCGUCGUUUGUCAUGUCCGAGACCGACCCCGUGGUUCAAGUGGUGGCCAUCCAGCCCAUUGCCAAGGGGACCGACAUUACGUUUGACUACAACACGACGGAAUGGGACAUGGACGAGAAGUUUGACUGCCAGUGUGGGGACGCAGCCUGCCGUGGCCACGUCCACGGCGCCAAGCACUUGCAUGAUGCGGACGUGCUCAAAUUACUCCCACAUUUGUCAGCAAGCAACUUGCGCCAUCUUCUCAAGCGCAAGCUUGUGCAGGGCUAAAACUCGACACGAAUAGAAAUGUAUUUAACGUUGUCGCCGCACUAUGCAGCAUCCAGAAGUCCAAGAGCGUGCGCAACAAGGUACAAGUCGCUUGGAGACGCGCAGUCACAAGCUGCAUAAGCACCCGAACGGAAAGGAUAUGGUCACCAGCUAUUUCUAUACAUACCGGUGUACUAGUACUGACAUACCUGAACUUUGCACGCAAUGAAGAAUGCGCCUGUAUAUUCUAAUACAACGUGAAACCAAAAAUCCUGUUAAAUAUAAUGGAAAACAAGUCGCCUUGC